AAUUUUUCUUUUUUAUCAUUGUAAUGUUUCUCCCUAAAUGUUGUGUACACUUGUCAUUGAUGCACAUGUAUUAUGUUUUUGUAUGUCGUGUGUUCUCUGUAAGUGUUGGUAUGUGUUUCGUGAGUGUGCCUUAUAAAAUAAAUAAAUAAAUAAUUACUCUGCUGUUCUGAGCCCUGAACCCGAUGAAGGAGGGCAUCCUUUAAAGGAAUGUAAAUAGUAAAAAUAAAAGCACGAUUAAUUUUCAAUCUAUACAAAUGUUGAAUAUUCCUGCUCCCUUCCUAAUUCCUGCACAUCGGAACCCCUUCACGAGAAAAGGCGUCUUCCAGCCUUUUCCAACUAUCUCUAUAUAUGGUUUUCUUUCUCCAUUCGCUUCCUGCUAACGCUUCUAUUUCUUCUAUCCACCUUCUUUAUGGUGGAUAAAGGAAUGUUAAUUCUACAAAAUCGUCAAGGAGUAUUUUUUUUAAGGAUUAGUCGUAUCGACAGCAGUAGGCUAUCUUAAUAAUGAUUCAGAAAUAGUUCUAAAUUCUAUUAAAUCCUUUGGAAUAAUUGAUUACAAUUAGUCAUAGUUAUCCUUAUGUUUCUCAUAAAUUUUCACAUUAGUUUGAAUGACGCAUUUCAAUUAUGGUUUUCCUCUCAUAAACUAAGAUUGUUUUCCAAGAUACCUACUUCUUUUGAUGCACAAGAGUUCGUUGUAUUUUCAAAAACUACUCAUCUGAUUUCUGUAGAACAUAAAGGCGCCUCUUUUUCUAAAAAUAAAUCGUGUUUAUUUCGACUUUUUAGUUACAUUUCUGUAUACGAGUAGCUUGUGCAGGGCUUUGGUGAUAAUGAUAUCAGAUCACUGUUAUAGUAGAAAGAUAACUGAUAAGGUUAUAUAAGAACAGAAGGCAUUAUAACCACCUUUAUUCCAAGAUUUACGUUGCCUUUAAUAAGCUUAAUACAAUCCAAUAUGAGAGUAAUGCCCGCUAAGGUAGGAAAUCGAAUUUGUAUUGGAGGUCGGGGACAAUUAUUUCUCACAAAGCUUCAUUUGUUAUAGUGAGUGAGUGCUAUUUUUUAUUUAUCAUCGUAACUACGUUAUCAAUAUGUUUUGUUUAUUUCAAUAUACGAUCUAAAAAUAACUAUUUAAAUGAUAAACCGAUUACAUUAGUUAUGGAAUAUAGUCCGAUAACAAUGAGCGAAAUGGCCCGUUGUUUGUCUUAUAUGUUUGCACUUCCGCCCGUGUGGCACUACUCCAAGUUUGCCUAGGUCAGGCCCCGCUCUUAUUGUGUGCAGUGUUCGUGCUGAGGUUCUGUUAGAUGUCGAUAAUGAAACGAGACGUGAAUGAGUUUACUGCAUUACGUACACUUUGGUCGGGGCAUCGUGUGCGAGUGCGCGGGCGCGAGCGCCUGCCCCGACGGCUCCUCUAACGGCACUUGCAGCACGCAACCUGGUGGAUACUGUUUCGUCGCCGUCGAAGAAGUGCUGGAUGAUGCCGGUCUCGUAGUGCUAGAGAGGACCGCCGGCUGUUUGCCACCCGAUGAGUCUGGGUUUAUGCAGUGUAAAAGCUCGCAAGUCCCACACCAGCACCCCAAGGUUAUCGAAUGCUGCGAAAAGGACCUUUGUAAUCGACAUCUGAGGCCGCAACUGGCAGAGCCGCCGCCCUCGGUGCCCGAGACGCCCGCCCUGCUGCCAACGCAAGCCGGCCCGCCCGUAGCCCUCGUGGCCGUCGCCCUCGGCGUCGCCCUGGUGGCCUUCCUUGCCGCCUUCUGGCUGCUGCUGCGCAAGCGCCGCGGUGGCUGCAAGAGGCCGCCCUCUCCCCCGGCGCCCGCGCCCCUCGUCGACGCCUCAUCCGGCUCCGGGUCGGGGCUGCCGCUGCUCGUGCAGCGCACCGUGGCCAAGCAGAUUCAAAUGGUGGAGUCCAUCGGCAAAGGCCGCUACGGCGAAGUGUGGCUCGCGCGUUGGCGAGGCGAGAAGGUGGCCGUCAAAGUGUUCUUCACCACCGAGGAGGCCUCCUGGUUCCGCGAGACCGAGAUCUACCAGACCGUGCUCAUGAGGCACGAGAACAUCCUCGGCUUCAUCGCCGCCGACAUCAAGGGCACCGGCUCGUGGACGCAGAUGCUGCUCAUCACCGACUACCACGAAAACGGCUCCCUGCACGACCACCUCCAGGCCGUGGUGCUCGAUCCGCCCGGGCUCAUGGCGAUGGCCUACUCCAUCGUCAGCGGCCUCGCCCAUCUGCACAUGGACAUCUUCGGCACCAAAGGCAAACCGGCGAUCGCCCACCGCGACAUCAAGAGUAAGAACAUCCUCGUGAAGCGCAACGGACAGUGCGCCAUCGCCGACUUCGGGCUGGCCGUGCGGUACGUGGCAGAGCGGCACGAGGUGGACAUCGCUCCCAACACGAGGGUGGGCACGAGGCGCUACAUGCCACCGGAGGUGCUCGACGAGAGGCUCGACGUGGCCAACUUCGAGGCCUUCAAGAUGGCCGACAUGUACUCGCUGGGGCUGGUGCUGUGGGAGAUGUGUCGGCGCUGCGCCACCGGCGACAAGGCGCAGUACGUGGAGCCCUACGCGCUGCCCUACCACGAGUGGGUGCCGCCCGACCCCUCGUUCGAGGACAUGCACGCCGUCGUGGUCCAGAAGGGCGUCAGGCCGCCCGUGCCCGCGCGUUGGAUGGGCGCCGAGCCCCUGGCCACGCUCACCACGCUCAUGGCCGAGUGCUGGCACGCCAACCCGCCCGUGCGGCUCACGGCGCUGCGCGUCAAGAAGACGCUGGCCAAGUACCACUCGGACCCGGCCGCCAAGCUCGUCUGACCGCGGCUGCGAGCUCUUCACUCUCUCUCCGGAAUCUCCGCGCGUCUAUUGUCACCCGCCAGGUGAGCGGGGUGGACAGAAGUCCGCUUUCGAGACGAUUGUGAUAUUUCGACAAUAACUUUAAACUCGGUGUCGUAUUAUAGAACCUGAAUCGAAAAGCGGUAGUGUUCAAGUCAGUGACGGAUAAUUCUAAGGAUUGUACUUAAAAGGUGUUUGAAAAAGACUAAAAUGGCGUGCAGACGUUUAUUGUAUGAGUUUUGGGAUGCCUUCGAGUAGUAUUAUUUUGUAUUGUGGUCGCCGCGCGAUCGAUUAGACCUUGGAAAAAAGCUCUUAAAAGCUAUAUAAUACGUAACUUCUUUAGGUGGAAUUGUUUAAAAGUUUUCUUGUCUUCCAAACAUUCCACUGUAAAAGAACUUGAUCGCUUUCAAAGGUCGAAUCGGAGGCAGACGAAGCAUUUAAUGUACAUUGUUUUGUAUAUAUAGGUGUUAGUUUAGUAUCAAAUACAUGUUGCUAGAUAAGUUACAAUAAAAUUUAUUAUAUAGAAA